GUCAAGACGCAGUGACAAAUCGUCAAUCUGCAGAAAAGCAUGUUGAAGUUAACAGUUCUGUGCAUUUGUGUUGGAAUUAUUUACGGAUACCCUUCCUUCCUUAGCAAUAUUCCGAAUGCGAACAAAGUGAAAAACCCAUGUCCGGGUUAUGAAAAUACCCCCUGGAAACUCCUGGGACACCGAUUUCCAAACCGUGUUUUAUUCCAUCGAGGCCAGGCAGCGGAGAAGCAGGCGCUUAUUGAUCAGGGAGAGAGCAUCGCGGGCAGGAGUUUUCCACUUCUGAACGUCUUUGGAGAGGCUUAUAAAAGUGCCAACUUUCAGUGGGCUUUGAUUUGCAAUCUAGAUUCCGAUGGAGAUGGUUUGUCAAAUGGUGCUGAACUAGGGGACCCUAACUGUGUGUUUGCGAGUGGAACUCCAAUAGGACAUCCAGGAAUAUGUGACAAUAAGCAGUCUGCAAUGCCAAACUGUGUAUCCCCAAUGAAUGAGGUUUGUCCUCCACCUCCUUCACAGUCAAUCCCUUGAGCCGUGGGAUAGAUAUCGAACAAAGAGGGCAGAAUACGACAAAGAAACUUCAUCCACUUUGUCUUUAUAAAGAGACUUUUACAUUUUCAGUAAUGUAAUUUAGCUCAAUAAACUUUUCUUUGUAUAUUGACUUUACCAGAAUAAAGUACAUGUAUAUUUUCUUCCUAUUUAUUUAUGAAAGUUGAAAUAAAUCAAGCUUUUAUUAUGAA